UGGAAUGCAAUGGCCUGACCUCGGCUCACGGCAACCUCCGCCUCCCAGGUUCAAGCGAUUCUCCUGCCUCAGCCUCCCGAGAAGCUGGGACUACAGGUGCCCGCCACCACGCCGGGCUAAUUUUUGUAUUUUUAGUAGAGACGGGGUUUCACCAUAUUGGCCAGGUUGGUCUCGAACUCCUGACAGCGUGAUCCACCCGCCUCGGCCUCCCAAAGUGCUGGGAUUAUAGGCGUUAGCCACCGCGCCCGACCUUUAAUAAACAUUUUAAUGGACUACAACAGACCCACAGAAAAAGACACAUCACAAAGUGAACACCCACAGGGAGAAGCAAUAGGGCUGUCAGAGGCAUUCGACCCAGAGCGACUCCAUUUUGAGUGAGGGCUAGGAAAAUGAGGCUGGGCUGCAUUCCCAGAAAAGUAGGUAUUCCUAACCUUUAGAUGUUUACGGUUAAGGGAACAAAUUAAUAAUGGGUACUAAAACAGAUCCAGACUUGGGAGUGUCCAGAUAUCCCGGUAUCUAGAGAACAAAGGCAUUCCUAAUUUUGCUUUAAAAAUAAUAUCGAUUCUUGAAAAAUACAGUAAGAAAAUUAAUCCUUUUUCACAAACCCUUGUAGCAGAGCACAUCUCCCCAAAAUCUAUUUUUAGCCUAAAUAUAUACAAGCAUUGUACCUAGGGUGCAUACGUUCCUCUUACUUUCAGGAACGUCCUGCUGUCUAUGGGGUAGCUGUUUCACAACUUUACUGUCUCAACAAACUUGCUUUUACUUUGCGCUGCGGACUCGCCCUGAAUUUUUUCUUGCGCGAGAUCCAAGAACCCUCCCUUGGGGUCUGAAUCGGACCCCUUUCCUGUAACACAACCACCGCUCCCAGCCUCCCCGCUUCCAGCCGCUACGCCCAAAGUGUUUUAUAUGAACAAACCCCUAACUCGUCCUGUGACUUUGAUGCGUGUGCGUUUUAGGCACCGGGGAGCAGAGGGUAAAGCGGCGCAGCUCCGGGCUUCCUCCCGCGCAAGUUCCCGAGAAGAGCAGGUCCGGCCCGCGCAGAUGUGCACGGUCCCCAGCCAUUAGGAGGAGCAGACGGUCCCCACCCCCACAAUCAGACAUCUCUCGGUGUCCGCCCGUGCUCCCUGCCCACGAGUGAGGCCUCUGGUUGCCCGCACCCUAAGGGGCAUCGCAGCCCGGAGCAACACCGCCCCCACCAGCCUUAGCUGAGCGCUCCCAUUGGCCAGAGGCCAGCGGGUGGGGGCUCCCAUUGGCCAUCGGCCAUAAUGCUUCCAUUGGUCGAAGGCCAGGCCAGCGGAGACUCCCAUUGGCCGAGGGCUGUGGUUCGCCGCACGGCCUACUGGGAGUUGUAGUCGCCGCGUCGCCGGUGCGGCCGCCAUUGUCCGGCGUUCGGCGAGUCGGGUGGUCCCUUUGGCUGGAGUGCCUCUCUGGUCUGGGGAUCGCCUCAGGCGCUGUCCUUCACUGGGCGAUCCAGCAUGGACCCCGAGGACGAAGGGGUAGCGGGAGUGAUGUCUGUGGGGCCGCCGGCGGCCCGGCUUCAGGAACCAGUCACCUUCCGGGAUGUGGCUGUGGACUUUACCCAGGAGGAAUGGGGGCAGCUGGACCCUACCCAGAGGAUCCUCUACCGUGACGUGAUGCUGGAGACCUUUGGUCACCUGCUCUCCAUAGGUCCUGAGCUUCCGAAGCCUGAAGUCAUCUCCCAGCUGGAGCAAGGGACCGAGCUAUGGGUGGCUGAGAGAGGAACCACCCAGGGCUGCCAUCCAGGCUGGGAGCCUCGAUCUGAAAGCCAAGCAUCACGCAAGGAAGAGGGCCUGCCUGAAGAGGAGCCAUCCCAUGUCACGGGAAGGGAAGGAUUCCCGACAGAUGCUCCUUAUUCCACCACGUUAGGGAAAGACAGGGAGUGUCAGAGCCAGAGUCUGGCACUCAAGGAGCAGAAUAACUUGAAGCAGUUGGAAUUUGGCCUCAAGGAAGCACCAGUUCAAGAUCAAGGCUACAAAACUCUCAGACUCAGGGAAAACUGCAUCUUGAGUUCAAGCCCAAAUCCAUUCCCAGAGAUCUCUAGAGGGGAGUAUUUGUACACUUAUGACUCACAGAUUACAGACUCAGAACAUAACUCCAGCUUAGUCAGUCAGCAGACAGGCUCCCCAGGAAAACAGCCCAGUGAAAACAGUGACUGUCACAGAGAUUCCAGUCAGGCCAUUCCAAUUACAGAACUCACAAAAAGCCAGGUGCAGGACAAACCCUACAAAUGUACUGACUGUGGGAAGUCGUUUAACCAUAACGCACACCUCACCGUGCACAAGAGGAUUCAUACGGGAGAAAGACCUUAUAUGUGCAAGGAGUGUGGGAAAGCCUUCAGCCAGAACUCCUCCCUCGUCCAGCACGAGCGCAUCCACACUGGAGACAAGCCCUACAAGUGUGCCGAAUGUGGGAAGUCUUUCUGCCAUAGUACACACCUUACCGUCCAUCGGAGGAUUCACACUGGGGAGAAGCCCUACGAGUGUCAGGACUGUGGGAGGGCCUUCAACCAGAACUCCUCCCUGGGGCGGCACAAGAGGACACACACUGGGGAGAAGCCAUACACCUGCAGUGUGUGUGGGAAAUCCUUCUCUCGGACCACUUGCCUUUUCCUGCACCUGAGAACUCACACCGAGGAGAGGCCCUAUGAGUGUAACCACUGCGGGAAGGGCUUCAGGCACAGCUCAUCCCUGGCCCAGCACCAGCGGAAGCACGCGGGGGAGAAGCCCUUUGAGUGCCGCCAGAGGCUGAUCUUUGAGCAGACGCCAGCUCUCACAAAGCAUGAAUGGACAGAAGCCCUGGGCUGUGACCCACCUUUGAGUCAAGAUGAGAGGACUCACCGAAGUGACAGACCCUUCAAAUGUAAUCAGUGUGGGAAGUGUUUCAUUCAGAGCUCUCACCUCAUCCGGCACCAGAUAACUCACACCAGAGAGGAGCAGCCCCAUGGGCGAAGCCGGCGGCGUGAACAAUCCUCGAGCAGGAACUCACACCUGGUUCAGCAUCAACACUCGAACUCCAGAAAGAGCUCUGCAGGCGGAGCAAAGGCAGGGCAGCCGGAAAGCAGAGCCCUGGCUUUGUUUGACAUCCAAAAAAUCAUGCAAGAGAAAAACCCUGUGCACGUUAUUGGGGUGGAAGAGCCUUCUGUGGGUGCUUCCAUGUUAUUUGACAUCAGAGAAUCCACAUAGGAAACUUUGCUGAUGACUUUUAACCACAAGUAAAAAAUGUGGUAAGUCCACAUAGUGUACUCAUGAAAAGAGGGGCUGGGGGUAGAAAUGUCAUUGGUGACUUCUGACUUUCUAAGGAAAUGAUGCUUCCCAAGCACCCGAGGUUGGUUGGUCCCGAAUCUAUCAAACUCAGUGCCCUCUUUAGCGACGUAUUUUGUGACAUUCCUUCCAUUACACCACAGUGAGUUCACAGGUAAUAUAACCUACCCACCUGUGUAAUGUCAAAUCAGUAUGCGGCCCCAUUUUGUAAAGGAUCAUUAAAAUGAAAGUAAUUUAUGGUAGAGUAAAUUGUAGAGUAACGUGUACUGACUUGGUGCAGUAUUUCUCCUUGUCACUGUGGGCCCAAUUUUGCCAGGAGACCUAGGGCAAUAGCCUGUUGCUUGUGGACUGGUAUAGGGUAUGAUGUUGACCAUGGCAAUACUGUGAGGGGCCUUCCCAUGUGGAAUGUGACCUUCCAAAGUAGUGACUAACUCUUGGAAAAGUUUUUAACAACAUAAUAUGCUAUUGCAUUUCUGGGAAAUUCUGGGUAAAUUCCAAGCAUGCAGCAAUUAGUUUGUGCUUAUGUGUGAAGUCAAGUUAGGUUCUCAGUUCAUACCCUGAAAACUGCUUAUUCCACAUCUGUUGAUGUGGUCCACUGGGGGCAGUUCUGUUCCUCACCAUCUUUGCAGCAUGCAUGGCUCCUGUCCACAUUUCAGCCACACCCCCAACCCAAUUACGUGACCAGCCCCCAUGAAAUUUCACAGCAUUCCGUGCAGGGGAGUGUCACAGCUCCUCUUGAAAAACAUCUGGUGUUGCUAUGAGCCAGAGGUUCUUUUUUUUGUUUUUUGUUUGAGAUGGAGUCUCGCUCCGUCACCCAGGCUGGAGUGCAAUGGCGCAAUCUGCUCACCACAGCCUCCGCCUCCCAGGUUAAAGCAAUUCUCCUGCCUUAGUCCCCCAAGUAGCUGGGAUUACAUGCACCUGCCACCACGCCCAGCUAAUUUUUGUAUUUUUGGUAGAGAUGGGGUGUUGGCCAGGCUGUUCUCAAACUCCUGACCUCGUGAUCCACCCACCUCGGCCUCCCAAAGUGCUGGGUUUACAGGCAUGAGCCACCAUGCCCAGCUGAGCCAGAGGUUCUUAACUGGUGGUGCUUUUGCCUCCAGGGCACAUUUGGUGACAUCUAGGGACAUUUUUGGUUGCUGUGCCUGGAGGAAGAGUGCCGCCGUCAUGUAGUGGGUAGAGGCCAGGGAUGCUGCUCAACAUCCUAUAGUGCCUGGGACAGCUCCUCAACAAAGGAUUCUCUAGCUCAAAUGUCAAUAGUGCCAAGGUGGAGAAGCCACCUGGGUAUAAACCCAGCCCAGAAAUGUAGCUGACAUUUUUAAAACUUGAAGCCAGGUGUGUUGGCUCACGCUUGUAAUCCCAGCACUGUGGGAGGCUGAGGAGGGCGGAUCCCUUGAGGUCAGGAGUUUGAGACUAGCCUGGGCCCAUGGCGAAACCCCGUCUGUACUAAAAAUACACAAAUUAGCCAAGUGUGGUGACAUGUGCCUGUAAUUCUAGCUAUCUGGGGGAGGCUGAGGCAUGAGAAUCGCUUGAACCUGGGAGGCAGAGGUUUCAGUGAACCAAGAUUGCACCACUGCACUCCAGCCUGGGUGACAGAGCAAGACUCUGUCUCAGGAAAAAAAAAGAAAAGAAAAAAAACCUUCAAAUUGAUUGAUCAGGGCUGGACUAGACUAGAAAUCAUAUAAGCUUGAUUUUAACAAAUGGUAUCAUUAGCUAGUUUAUACAUGAUGUACUUUUUAGUACAUCCUUAACGGUUUUGCAGCAUUCAUAAUUGAUGUGAAAUAAGGAAGAUAAUCCUUUUUUUUUUUUUUUUUUUUUUUUUGAGACAAGAGUCUCACUCUUUUGCCCAGGCUGGAGUCAGUGGUGUAAUCACUGCUCACUUGGCAGCCUCAACCUCCUGGGCUCAAGUGAUCCUCCCACCCCAGCCUCCCAAGUAGCUGGGACCACAGGCACGUGCCACCAUUCCUAAUUUUUUUUAUUUUUUGCAGAGACAGGGUCUCACUGUGUUGCCUAGGCUGGUCUCGAACCUUGGCGUCCCAAAGUGUUGAGAUUAUAGGCAUGAGCCACUGUGCCCAGCCACUUAUUUUUCUGAGUAACCUUUAAGGAUUUAUUGUGGACAUUUUGAAACAUGAGUCAUAUAUUUUUUGCUGGUACUCCCAUCUACCUCCCCACCACUCUCCUGCCCUGGAUAUAUAUAUAACCAUGUUUGUCCACUGGGACAAAACCAUUUUUACAAUCAUACUAAGCUGUCAUUUCACAUUUUUGCUGUGCACUGAUAGUGUGAAAGCAAUGGCAGGUAAAACUGCUGAGCCCGAGUUCAAAGCAGGGCAGUAGCCCUGAGGUUGGUCGUUCAUAUUCUUCUCCACUGGGCAAUGCAGUAAAGAAAAAGAAAAGCUAAUUUCACUUAAUUUCUUUUCUUUUCUUUUUUUUUUUUUUUUUU